AUGCAGCCAAAGGAGGUCCUGCAGCCGCCGCUCAACAGCAUCCCUGAGGAGCUCGUGGGCCGGUUUGACCCCGUGUAUGUCGAGCACUACAACCGCAACAACGCGGGCCGGCUUCAUACCCACCAGGUCCCCAUCGAGGAGUUCCGCAAGAACCCUAGCAAGUACCUGGUCAACUAUGGCCAGGCUCCCGGGCCAGAGGUGUUCUGUAUCACCGAGAGAAAGAUCCCAGUCAAUGGAGGGACCAUCACUGCCCGCAUCUUUGAGAUGGCCCCCAUCAAGCUGUCGCCAGGUGUAGACAAGAAGCGUGGAGCGUAUAUCAACUUCCACGGAGGCGGCUGGGUGUUUGGCGGCCUCGACUCUGACCACCACAAGUGCAAGCGAAUCGCCCAUGAGCUUCGCGGCGAGGCUGUUGUCUUUGACAUCGACUACCGUCUUGCUCCUGAGCAUCCGUAUCCCACCGCCGUUAACGAUUGCUGGUCUGCUAUCCAGUGGGUGAGAAGCAGAGCAAUUGAGUUCAACUUGGACGUCUCCCGGCUGGCUGUCGGAGGUGCAUCUGCUGGUGGCCAGCUUGCAGCAGUUAUGGCUCAUAUGUGUAGAGACCAUGGCUAUCCCCUGAAGCUGCAGCUCCUGGUAGUCCCGGUGGUCGACAUGCACAGCUCUUUCACUCCAAACGGCGAGUUUGACCGUGACAACACCCCGUACGACUCGUACCGCGAGAUGGAACACACUGUUCCCCUGCCUGUCGAGCGUAUGGCGUACUUCAAUCGCCAUUGGCUUGGAGUUCCUCGCCCAGAGCGGUCUGAAGACGACUGGAAGAUCUCGCCCAUCCUGGCUCCCAACUUCGCCGACCUGGCUCCCGCAAUCGUCUGGACAGCGGAGAUGGACCCUCUUCGCGACGAAGGCGCUGCCUAUGUGAAGAGACUGGAGUGCGCAGGGGUCAAGGUCGACCACAUUCGCGUCCCCGGAGCGCCCCAUACGUUCUCCCACCACGACGCCAUCCUUGAGGGCGGCAAGCUCUUCCAGAAGCAGUCCGUCGCUGCCCUGGCCGACGCUCUCUGCGACACUGGCCUCUGA